UCCGCCAUAUUGUUUUGUUUUGCUUUUGAGAUGGAACUGUUGCAAAGUAGGGAAACGUUUUGUAAAUAAAACUAUAAGUGUUUUUUACACUAUAAGUAUAUUUAUUUUAUUUUUACUGAUACUUCAAAAGCACUAAAAGACAACAACAAUGGACCAAAUCCAAACGGUACCGGCGAGCUUACCCCAUAUUGUACAAGUGUAUCCUCCGUCAGUAUCUAUUCACCCGUCGCUACAUUCACAGGGGAAACUUUCAUACCAACAAACAAUAACAUCUGAGUCCUUACAUAUACCUGUGUCUUCAAACAUUCACGAUAUACAUAAUCAACAUCUUAUAUCACAGAAUCAAACUGUGAUGUCGUGUCAGCAGAUACAUUUGCAGAACGUACAACCUUUGCAAACUCAAAUGCAAUCACAGGUCCUUCAAGGAGCAGAUAUGUCGCAGCAGUUGCAAAUAACAUCUCACGUGAUUUUGCCGCAAGUGCCAAUGUUUAAGCAACAUAUAAUUACAAAUAAUCUGCAGCAACAGUAUUUUGGCCAAUAUGAAGCAUUUUUAAAAGAUGCCCAAUGUGUAAUUGCUAAAGUCGAGCCUGAGAUUCAGGUUGUUAAUGAGAAGCAAAUAGAUUGUAAAAAUGAAAAUAGCAACCAGAUAGAAGUGGAAAUAGUUUCUAUGAAAAAACGUGCUCGCAGCCAGAUACCUAAUCCUAGCAAAUGGGCCUGCAAUGUACGUAAACUAAAGCAUCAACGAGGUGAAGCUUACAUAAGUAGAAGAGGAAAAUUUGUACCGGAGAGACAAAUACGCAAUACAAAAGACUGCUUAAAAUCCUGUAGAUAUAAAUGUAACGAAAGAAUAAACGACAUUGAUCGGCAACACAUAUUUAACGCAUUUUAUUCUUUAAAUGCAAAUGAAAAAAAGCAUUUUUUGCUUAAUACAACAGAAAGAAAUUACGUGAAACAUAAUAAAAUAUUAGACAGCGAUCACAAACGAAAAUAUUCUUUCAAAUAUUUCUUUUUAGUGAGAGCCGUUAGGUAUACUGUUUGUAAAAAUUUCUACUUGGGUACUUUAGCGAUAUCACAGAAACCGGUUUACAAUGUACAUUUAAGUAAAUCUGAUAUGAAUCUACCGAAACCUGACGGUAGAGGUUUGUCUGAAGCAAGCACUCAUUCACUGCCAUCGGAAAUAAAGGACAGAGUUAGGAAACAUAUUAUGUCAUUUACUACAGUUGAUUCGAAGCCAAUUAAACAAUUUUCUAGAAAGAAGCAAUAUUUAGAAUGUAACUUAAGUAUAAAACAAAUGUAUAAUAUGUAUGUCACAGAAUGCGAUAAAGAAAACUUAGUUCCUGUUAAAGAGUCCAUGUAUAGGAAGAUAUUUAAACAAGAAUUUAAUAUACAUUUUAAGAAAGAUAAGACUGGUCAGCAGCUUUGCUGUAGAUGCAAGGGAUCAAUAAAGAAAAAAUGAUAUAUUAUACAGCCUUGCUUGAAUUUAAAAGCGCACAUUUAAUCAAAUAUUUCUAAUAUUGGGUACUACCAAUUCAGAAACACAAUUCUUAUUUAGCCAAUUGUGGUUAUUACCAUUGGCUAUUAUAAUUAUAUAAUAUCAUUAUUUUUGACAAUCUAAAAAUAUUAGAUUUCUUAACUAUUUGCUACAUGCUGGAUACUUGUAAGCUGCUUAAAGCAAAAGUAUUUAAGUUAAAAUUAGUUUAUUUUAAUUUGGGGCUCUUGUUCUGUAAUUUUUGGAUUGUGUUAGCAUUGAUACUUAGUUCCUAAAAUUAGUUUUAUUAAAAAAAAUUGAUACCUAUCAAUUGAGAUAGAAUGAAAUAAAUUAAAAUGCAAUAUUGUUCUCUAUGCACGAGUCUGAGUCUAAAGCCAUACUUGGCAUAGAUCUCUGUUUGUGCUCUUCAGAUCGGACGAUACUGUUCUUAUGAAAAUUAUUCAUGCAUAUGAAGUUUUAUUGUAAUAUAUAUACAUGUAUACUAAAGCGCAUCUGUUCAUGGUAGUAAAGCUGUAACUAUUUUGAUGAUCCUGUUGCUUUAGUAACUAACUUAUAAGUCUUGAGUCAAUUCAAUAAUACUUCAAUCUUCGUAUCGAGCUAAUAAAAGAGUUAUUGGGUUUUUCCUGCGAAUAUUCAAUAUCAGCCCAUGGUUUGAAUCAUAUCAGUGUUAACAAUCCCUAGGAAAAAAUUGUAAAGCAGUUGGUCCUGCAUCUGAAUUUUAAGUCUGAAGGAAUAGAUUGUGGACUGUGGACUAUAAUAUGAUUUGCACAAGUGAUACACAUUGUAUAUCGAAAAAUUGUCAACUUUUGUUGUAUUAAUAUGAUUUUGUGAUAAAGCUUGAAUGUUUACAUUAAGUUUAUAAAUAGACCUAAAUGAAAUAAAGAAGCUUGUACAAAUGAUGUAAGUAGGUUUCUGUAGAAUUGCAAAUGCAGCUCUUUCAGUAGAAAAUUAGAAAUAUAAGGUUAUAAAUGAAUUGUUCAGUUUACAUUUUUAAUAAUUAAUAUUUUUAAUGUAAUGUGAGUUCAACUUAAAAAGAAAAUACUUUUAACAAUUUUAUUCAUAUGUGAAACAAUUCUCAAUUCAAAAAGGUAAUAAAAGGCAAUGAAAAUUGAUGGCACUUGUGCUAUUGUUGUGUGAAAUUGAUUUGUAUAUUUUUUGUAAUAAAACAUAUUGAUCUACUGAUUUGAUACAAAACAAUGAAAUGACAAUUUUUUGUAAAUAUUUUAAUUGUUAUAUUGUCUGAUAUAUUUUUGGAUCUGGCAAUAUUAACGAAUAUUGAAUGUUUAUGAAACCUUUGUUUGAAAAAUAUUUUAUUUGCAUGGAUUAAAAGUACACUAGUCAAAAUAAUUAUAUUUAUAAGUUAAGCACAACAGUUGGCAUUUCGAGUAGUAGUAGCUGAUAGUAGCGUAAAGUUGACACUAAAGUUUAUUUUUAUAAAUUUAAAAUAAGUGAGAAAUAAAUUUUAUAAACUAUUUCUUUUGUU